AUGUCACGGGCAGUCUGGAGACGGUUUGUUAGCGCUGCCUGGGCAGCCCUGCAUGCCGCAGCUCGCGUGGCCUCGAUCUUGGCACAGCCGGGCGUUCCGAAGCUGUUGCCGCUGAAGACGAAGCUGCUGCCAUUGUUGCCCCCGCUGCCUGCCGAGUCAGACGACCAGCCUGGCGAUUGGUUGACCAUAGAUGGCCCCUCGAAGCUGGCUGAUGCAGUCAUGGAGUGGCUUGGGGAGGGCGCGCCGAACUUCAAGCCUCCGCAGCACACGCUGUCCCUUGACAUGCUGCGCAACCUCCUGCAGCGAGCCGGGAGGUGGAUAGAGGUGGAUCGUGAGCAACCCCGCGUGCGCUUGGCCUCUGCAGCCGUUGCUGCGCCAUCUCUACAGAUGCUGACACAGGCGGUGUUGCCGCCUCCGCCUCUGCCGCCCCCUGCGGCACCCUCUCCGCCUAGCGAGAGCGACGGACAGCGAUCUCCCGCUGCGUCGCCGAUCGAGGAGACAGGCGGCGUCGACAACCUCAUCGACCUGCUAAUGAACCUUGGUUGUGUCAAGAUGGGUGCCCAGGAACGAAGCUCUGGCUUCUCUGAGCCCUGA